CACCCUUUUGGUGCAAGGGCAAGAAAGACGAAGUUUAGCUGUUUUGUGUUAAUAUUACCACAUUACUAUCGUUACAGCUAAUACUUGAAAAAAAUUGUAAUGUUUGGAACAGUACCUCUUGUGGUCGUGGUAUAAAAAGUUUGGUAGCUUAAUCAUUUAAGUAGUUAAACAUCAUGAAGACUAGUAGUGUUUAAUGUUGGUAUGCAGCAAGAGUUAUUAACACACUAGAGUAAACCUAAUGUAAGUGCUUAUGUGUUCUGUCACUCUUUGCUUGUGGGAUGUUCUUCCGGGUGGGGGGUGAAGGGAGGAAUAAAGUAGCAGUAUUUUGAACAUUAUAGCUUAGGAAAGGAUCGAAACAUAUGGGUUCGCUGCUUUUGCGGACAUCAAGCCAAUGAAGCAGACAGCAUUUUAAGUGGCUUUUGAUUUUCGGGGUCGAUCUUGAUUUGGAUCCAUAGCUCUGUCCAUCUUAAUCUCAACCCAAAAAUGAUGACUUUCGGAGAAAAGGAAAAGACUGACGUGGAGGGGACACUUUUUGUGUACACAAGGUCAGCUUCCCCCAGGCAUGGCUUUACCAUCAUGAACAGAUUAAAUAUGGAUAAUAGGACGGAGCCUAUCACCAAGGACCUUGACUUCCAACUCCAGGAUCCAUUUCUGCUGUACAGAAAUGCAAAAUUAUCAAUAUAUGGAAUUUGGUUUUAUGACAAGGAGGAGUGUCAGAGAAUUGCGGAACUUAUGAAAAAUUUAACCCAACAAGAACAGUUGAAAGUAAAUUCGGGAGUGUUCUCCCCUAAGAUCACAGAUUCAUACAAGGGCAAAUCAGUUGACAUUUUGCAGAUGCUGACCAAUGCUGGAGCAGAGUAUGCUAAGAACAGGAUGUGUUCAGAACCAAAGCAAAUCACCAAUUCCACUACGGUCUGUAACAAUCCUAACCUAAUUAAGCCUAUUCCACUGAAAGCGACUGAUGUACAAUGUCAGAGUGGACAUCAGCAGAUGCAGCCAUCAACUCAGACGACUUCUCAGUUGGACACAGUGGAACACCUGCAGUCAGCGGAGGCAAAGUAUCAGCAAAUUAAGGCAUUUACGCACCGUGAGAUUGCCCGUUCCUUGUCUUAUGAAGAGCCUAGCCGUUUAGCAGGGAGACAGAAAAUCCAGGUGCAAGAAAGACAGCUCUGCCCAGCUAUCCAGAAACUAAUGAUCCAAGGCACAGACCUGCAGACAGUGUCAGAACUUCCAGAAAACUUUCUGUGCAAGCAUAACAACGAUUUUCCUUCUGCCAAUGUUCCUCUAUUGAGCUCUUUCCAAAUGCAGUGUGGCCCAGGAAACUUGUCCUUCAUCCCCACGCAGGACAGUAUUAAAACCAGAAAUCUUCUAGAAAACCUAAGGUGGCCCCAGGUUCCUGUAGAUUUCAGUCCAGCAAUUUUUAAGGCCAGCACCAGUGUUAAAUCCACUGAAUUGGGGGGCAUUAGCAGCUGUACUGACUUUAGAGGCACUGGAUCUGGAAACUUCACUUGCUGUCCAGAUCCUUAUCCUACAAAGGUAAAGGACAGUGGAACCUGUAGCAAUCUUGGAGCCAUUACACUAGGAGGGGCUUCUGACUUUUUCAAGAAACCAUUUUCUCAUGCCACAACAUCACAGAUACAAGGAUCUCAUCAAACUCCGGAGGUUUUUAUGAGUCCUGCAGCAUUUAAAAAAUCUACAGAAACCACCAGCCACCCAUCAGACUCAGGACUCAUUUCACCUCAUGAGCUCCUAAAACGUCUCCAGACUGUACAGGAAGAGCAGGUACUAACACCUUCAAGGCCCAUGUUAGCAGCUAAGUUUCAGCUUGUAUCUCAGGACACCUCAACCCUAAAGCCACUAGAUUCUUGGAUGGACAAGACUCAAACUGCUCAGAAGCAGAAACCCCUUUUUCAGAGCCUUUCUCAUCUGACCAUUCAGUCUACGACUGCUCCAGCUGUGUUGAUGUCUCCCUUGGAAUUCACGCAGUCCAAGCCAUCUGGUCCAAAAGCAAAUGAGAGCAACCAGUUACCUCUGCGAAAUCUGGAUACAGGGCAGUGCACUUCUAGUUUCCCAAAGAGAUGGCCAGUAGAGGAGCCAACCCCCCUUACCAAGUUGCAACUCCAGGAAACACUCCUACAUCUGAUUAAGAAUGAUGCUGGUUUUCUUGACACCAUAUAUGAAGCAUAUCUCUGCAGACUAAGCAACACUGCAACCAAAACGAACAUAUGAGAGGUGCUUAUGGAAGUCUGAACUUUGAUGUGCUGAAUUAUAAGAUGCAGCUUUUUCAGCUGUUAGCAAAGGUGCUAGCUCCUUUUAAACUGUAAUUGGAGAAUACUGUACAGAAAGAAUGGCUGCAGGGGCACUUUAUUGUCAAAAGGUGGUGAAGGAGGAUGCUCAGGAAAGUAUAGGAGUGACUAGAGAGAUGCUUGACUUGGUGGAAAAAAGGCUCAAGUUCUUCUCUUUGAGUCAUACAGAAAAAGAAGAUGGUAGACAGUUAUUCUCUUCUGUUGUGGAACGUGUGUUUUUUGUUCCUCUCAUUUUGAUAUAGGCUGUGACUUUUCCUGAUUACAUAAUCUUAGACUUAAGGGGGAAAAAUACAGAGCCUAUUGUAGUCACAGAAAAUAACACAUAUUACUGAUCCAGGGUACAAGACCCUCAACACAGUUUGGCACAGUAUCUUUCAAGGAAAAAUAAGCAGUUCUACAUUUUUGCAAAGAUACAGUAGAAGGACAUUUGCACCCCAGUGCACGACACUGUGUCUCAGCAUUAACCCCAACAUUUUAACUAAUUUUACUGCACUCCUUAUGUCCUGAAUUUGUGUUGCAUUCUCCCUAUUAACAUUCAGGCAGUCCUACAAACUGCCCUUGUAUACCCCAAUAGACACCCACCAUUUCUACUCCUGCUUGACUCCAGUGAUCAUUGGGGAUUGCACCCCUGAUGAACCCAGGAAGUGUGUUGAGAUCAUCAUCAUGUCUAGACCUUGGAACCAUGGUAAAGUUGUAGUUUUUCCAAAUUUUUGUUUUUGGAAUUUGCAGUGAUGCUGUGCUCUGUUCAGCUACAACACACCUAUGCAUACUGUGUGACCAGAUGUCAGCUCUGUGUGCCUUGCUGCUUGGUGAGGGUGCUUUUGCUAAAGGUGCUGGAUAUUCUGCAUCUGCUAACUUGGACUCUUACUUUCCUGUAAGAUGAAGUAACAGACCCUUACCAUCCCAAAAAUAACUCCCCCAACCUUGUCCUGCAGAGCUUGAGCUAGUAAUAAAAUGUGAGCCAUUGUCAAUGUAACUUGUGAGUAAAACUCCUGCACCAGCAGAGCUGGCUGUGAUAGGUGCUGUGCCUGAGUUGCAGGAGUGCAAGAUUUCUGUUUGCACUGCUGUCUCUUCCUCUUUUUUUUCAGCACUGUGCCAUAGUUGUUCUAAAUUUACUAAUUUCUCGUAGGGGAGUCCUGCACUAUACUCUGCUGAAAAUACCCUGAUGGAUUUAUUCCUUGGUUUUAUAAUUGCUUCAUCCAACAGGACAGUAUAGUUCUUCACCUGGCCUUUGGAUACUUUGAGCAUGUGCUGGGUUGUCUGACAGCAGAUCAUGCACUUGGGAUUUCAGCACAUAAUAGUAAUGUCUUGGAAAACAUUUUUGUUGGUAUCUAGGAGGGGCAGCCUGUACCACCUGAUGAUUACUGUACUUUCAUUGACAUUGUCACUAUCAUAUUUGCCUGUGUAUUUCAUGUUGUUGUCACAUUUGUUGUCAUUGUUUCUGAGAGUGCAGUAAAUCACAGCAUUCCUCUUCUACCCUCAGCAUAUUUAGUUUUUCCUCAACUUCAAAUCCUUUUAGGAUUAUCAUCCUUUUUAUGUUGGAAGCCUCUCUGUUUCUCACAGCAUCAUGUGGACAGUUUUACAAGACAAAUGUCUAGUUUGUAAAUUACUAAAUGUUGGCCUGUAAUCACUGUGGAGUUUGAGCUUAUUUUAAAUUUAACUUCUAUUUCCAGGCAACGAUCACUGCCGAACAGGAUUACUUUCUCUCCUGUUCAUUGUUUAGGUCUGAUUGUUCUCUCCCUGAAAACCAGUGAAAAAGUUUGCCUCAUAAUUUUAAUAAAAUAAAAGUAAGGACUGUA